GUCGGAGUCAGCAGCAGCCGCCGCCUCCCCCGGCCCGUGUCAGCGCGGUGAGCCCGGCCGGACGGCUCCCAGCAUAUCUUGGUGCAGAAGACUGGACAUAAGGUGGAAAGGAUGAAAGGUUCAUUCUGAGGUUGACUCAUUGUUCCUUAGCCUUCCUGCCCCCCUUUGAAGGGGGAGACAAAAACCUGUGCUCAUAAGAGCCUCCCUAAAAGCGAGGAAGCUGGCAUUAGUGCUCCUUUCAGUCUGGCUGCAUGUUUAGUAUGCGGAUUGUGCCUCUUCACUAAUGAGAGGGAGAAUGGGAACCCAGGGAAGCCCUGUGAAGAGCUAUGAUUAUCUGCUCAAGUUCCUGUUGGUAGGAGACAGUGAUGUUGGGAAAGGAGAAAUCCUGGAGAGCCUUCAAGAUGGAGCGUCGGAAUCCCCUUAUGCCUAUAGCAAUGGAAUUGACUACAAGACCACCACUAUCUUGCUGGAUGGCAGAAGGGUCAAGUUGGAACUCUGGGACACAUCUGGCCAGGGGAGGUUCUGCACCAUUUUCAGAUCCUACUCCAGAGGUGCUCAGGGAAUUCUCUUGGUGUAUGACAUCACUAACCGCUGGUCCUUCGAUGGGAUAGACCGCUGGAUAAAGGAAAUAGACGAGCAUGCUCCAGGUGUCCCCCGGAUUUUGGUUGGAAACAGGCUUCACCUAGCCUUCAAGCGACAGGUGCCCACGGAGCAGGCCCGUUCCUACGCUGAGAAGAACUGCAUGACAUUCUUCGAGGUCAGCCCACUGUGCAACUUCAAUGUGACCGAAUCCUUUACGGAGCUGUCUCGCAUCGUGCUAAUGAGGCAUGGCAUGGAGAAGAUCUGGAGACCUAACAGAGUGUUCAGCUUACAGGACCUCUGCUGCCGUGCAAUAGUCUCCUGCACACCGGUCCACCUCAUUGACAAGCUGCCACUGCCUGUCACCAUCAAGAGCCACUUGAAAUCCUUCUCCAUGGCCAAUGGAAUGAACGCGGUGAUGAUGCACGGCCGGUCAUACUCCUUGGCUAGCAGUGGGGGCGGGAGCAGCAGCAAAGGUAACAGCUUGAAGAGAUCCAAAUCAAUCCGCCCGCCGCAGAGUCCCCCACAGAACUGCUCACGCAACAACUGCAAGAUCUCUUAGCAAGACUGUAACGCUGUGAGCUCCAAACACACCCACCCACCGAUGUACAGAUGUUUGCACACGUAACCCUUUUCAAUAGGAUCC